CUACAUCAUACCUCAUCUGCAUUUUCCUGCAUAUCUGCCAAACAUCACUGCUAGGAAUUCAACCCAAACCCCAAAAGCAAAUCCAAGCUACAACUUCAACCAUGCGCUCGUUCACUAUCUCCACUGUUCUGCUCCUUGCUGCUGCAGCAUCAGCUGCUCCUGGACAUGUCAAGCGUCACUACAAGGAGGUUGCUCCUAAGUACUCCGCUGUGAACCCGGUUCCUCAGUACUCUGCUGUGGUUCCUCCUCCCCAAUAUUCGGCUGUAACCCCGACUACACACACAAGCAGUGCUACUCCGACGACCACUUGCACCGAAGCUAACAAGAGCCAUCCCAACAGUUAUCACACUCGCCCUGGAGGACACAAGAAGGGUGGAAACAAGAAGGGCGGAAACAAGAAGAGCGGUCACAAGAAGAGCGGUCACAAGAAGAGCGGUCACAAGAAGGGUCGUCCUGGAAACCAUAGCAAGCAUAGCAAGCAUAGCAAGCAUAGCAAGGGCUAUCGUACUAAAUCGCAUCCUGGUGGAUAUGCUACCGCUCCCACUCCUACGUCCACCCCUGUGACUCCCUCAACUACGUGCACUGGUGUCCAGAGCACGCAUCCGACACCUGCAUCUGGCCAGGUUACCUCAUCCACAACCUGCACUGGCGCUAAUGCUACACCUACGUCUACCCCAGCCGUUGUUUCUACUACCUGCACUAGCACAAAGACCUCGAACCCCCCACCUCCGCCUCCCCCCGUUUCUUCGACCACCUCGUGCACUAGCGCGAAAACCUCGCAUUCAGUUGUGACGCCAACCCCUACUACUCCGAAGUAUUCAGCUAACGUGCCUACAACAACCCACACUACCACGACGCCUGCUGCUCCCAAGUACUCGGUAAUUGAGCCUCUUCCGCCCAUUGGCGGCGGCAACCACUACUCAGCCAAGGUCUACUACUAAGGGCACUGUUAUCUUUGCUUAGCAGCACCCUGUCCAUCGCAAAGCUAUGAAAAUAAAUACUGCAUGUAC